AUGACAUCAGUAGUGCCAACUUUGCAGCAGCAUCAUCCAGAAAGGUCUGAACCUAAUUAUAAAGUUGGCAACUCGGAACUCGAGCGCAAUCAAAGUGAAGUAUUGAAAAAGUUGAAAGAAGUUCAAAAAAAUGCUGAACAUGAAUCUGAAAUAUCGAAGCAGAAAACUCCGGAACCAAUCCCUAAUUCUCAUAGUGGAAAUGCUGACUUGAGUCAAGUGAAAUCUCUUGGAGAAAGUGUAGAAGUCUGUAUUCAAACUGACUUGAACUCAAAGGAUUCCAUUAGUACAGUUUAUGUUUCUGAUGCAAUUGAUAACAAUUCUAAGACAGCCAAUUCGGGAGACCUAGAAAUCAGCCUGGACGCGACAAGGAAAUCAAAUGUACCACUCAAUUUAAACGAUAAAUCUGUGCUAAAAUCUUCAGUAUUAAAUGAAUCAGAUAAGUGUUUAAACGAUAAUUUAGCAGAAAGUUCUGUACAUACUUUAGAUGAAGAUCACAAUGAAGAUAGAGUUGAUCCAAAAAAGCACUCGGAAUUAUGUAACAGUACUCAACACGAAAAUGGGAAAGAAGCGCGUGCGUAUCUAACGUUAUUUAGUUUUCAGGAUGAUCCAGAUCAAAGUCAUGAGUUGGAAAAUAAAACAGUUAAUAUAAGCUCUGAUUAUAAUUCAGAUCUAAAUUCCACUAUUAAAGAUGUGACCUCUGCAACUCCAACAGAACAUUCCGGUGAAAACGCAAAAUGUUCGGUAGAUGAAUCUUCAAGUCAAUGUGAGGGGACAAUCUUUGAAAGUGAAGAAGUUUCGGAGCAUAGUUCUAGGAAGGACUCUUUGCUUCCGAAAAGUGUCGAAAGUACACUACAGCAAAAUACCAGUGAAGAAAAUAAGGAUAUAGAUAAGUUUUCAAAAGUUAGGGAAAUAGAAGCUACGGUUAGCGAACUCGAGGGCGUUGCUUCAAAAGUUGUUGAAUUAACUCAAUAUUUGAGUUUUGAUGGAAAAAGGAACGUUACGGGAGAAGCCCAAAAAUCAAGUACAUCACCUAAAAAAAUAAAAGCUGAACAGAAACUCCACGAUAACGAAUCUUUUCCGUCUUCCAAUGCGUCAAUUGAGCAUUAUGAUGAAAAUAGAAUUGAAGCAACAAGUCAUAUCGAUAAAGAAAUAUGUAGUAAUCGUAUGAAUUCACUUGAAUCUGAUUUUGGUGCUUGUAACGACGAUUUUACUUCUGACGUUGAAGAAAGAGAGUCGUCAACGAAGAAAAUAAGUUUGAAUCAAAUUACGGUUCCUGAGAUUCGAAAAUCCCCAGAUACUGGUGAAUCGGAUCAAGAUAACGUCCAGUCAUUUGAAGAUAUUCUCGAAAAAACUGGUUUGCAAACUGAACUUCAUGUAAAUGGAAAAAACGCUAAUCAUCCUAUCAAGGACUCCAACGACACUUUUAAACAAUCUCAUGAAAUGUGCUCUGAAAAAGAUUUUACACAAUGCAAAGUUAGUCAAGCAGUUGAGAGCGAGAAAACUGAAGAAUUGAGAACAGACGUUAAUACUGAAAAGAAAAAUGACUGCAACGUGAUUACCGCAGACGCUGAACUUAGUGACAGAAAAGAACCUCAAAUUUAUGUGCAAGAAAAGAGUUUAUAUAUCCAAUCCGAUACAACAGGUAAAGAAAAUAUUUCUGAAAUGCAAGCUUCUAUACGUAUCAAUGAAACUCAAAGUUGUGAUUUGGAUUCCCCGUCAUUACUUUCAAGUUCAGGUGAAAUGAGUAAAACGGCUGAAUUGAAUGAACAUAAUAAAAAUGACAGCUUAUUAAAACUACCUGGAUCUGGAUCUACUAACAACCAGAGCAACAGAAGAAAUUCGAAUGUAGAUGCGUCUCGCAAUGAAUUCCUUCAAAGCAUUUUGGAAAGUGGCACCUCGUCAGUUGGAUUUGACUUGAAUGUAGAGAAAUUGAAUGCUUCUGAAAAUGAUUCUUUAAAGGAAGUACUUCUAGACUCUCAAGUAGAAGAUGAAAAGGUUUUUACUGAAGCUCAAACUUCUGAAAUACUUAUAUCGCAUUCGAACAUGAGUGUCCAAAGUGAUAGUGUAGUUGCAUUAUCUGAAGAAACUUUAAGUCAAUUUCGAGAACAUGAAUCGAUUGAAACAAACGAAUCAAUGCUUGCUUCAGCAGUAGAAUGUAAUGAAAUGGAAUCAAAUGAAGAAAACAAAAUAUCUAAUCAAAUUGCCCUGCCUCAGUCAAAUAUGGCGUGUAAUGAGACUUUCAAAGAUUUGGAUGAAGAAAAGGAAAAUUGCUGGCCACAACCUGUUAAGGAUCCGAUAGUUUGCGACAUAAAGUUGAGCUGUAGUUUUGACUCUCUCGACAGGAAAGCGGAAUUAAAUGAAACUUACAGCAAAAACUACACUGAUAACAGCGCAGAUUGUGCACAUUAUGUGGAAGACGAGACCAGUUUAUGUUUCGAAAAUAAGGAAAACUCUUUGAAAAAUUCGGACAAGGAAGUUAUUGGUACUCCUUUAAAAUUAAGUGAAAACAGAAGCGCUUCAGAUGAUUCGAUAGAACAGAAGAGAAAAAGCAUUGAAUGGCUAGGUACAUUUUCAGAGACUUUAAAUGAAAAUGCCCAUUCUUCAGAUCAAAAAUCGACAAUGGAGCAAAACGAAAUGCAAAAUUUUGAGCUGUCAACUUCACCUUUGAAAGUAGUACUUAAUGAUAGCGCACUUGUUGUAGAGGAAGAAGCUGUAGUUGAGAAAGUAGAUAUUCAAAGCGUUGAGCUAGAAAAUGAACCUUUGAAAGUACUAAGUAAAGAUGAUUUAGUUUCAGAGGAUAAAAUUAUAGCGAGUGAGGACGAAAUUCAAAGCGUUGAACAAGCAGGUACACUAUUGAGAGUACUUGUUUCAGAAGAACGUGUGGUAGAGAAAGAAGAUAAAACAAUGGAGGAAAAAGAAAUUCAAAGCGAUGAUAUUUUAAAUACACAUUUAAAAGCACUUAAUGAAAAUACACCUGUUUUAGAGGAAGACUCUGCAGCAGAGAAGGUAGAUAGGCACAGCCUUGAGCUUACAGAUACACAUUUGAAAGUAAUUUGUAAAGACUCUCUUGUUUCAGAGGAAGAAACUUUAGCGGGGGAGGACGAGAUUCAUGGUAUUAAACAUGUAGAAGCACAUUCGGAAGUACUAGAGAAAAACGCACUUGCUUCAGAAAAAUGCUCAGUAGAGAAAGACAAAGAAAAAUUUGAGCAUGCAGAUAAACAUUUAAAUAUAUCAAGUAAAGACACUGUGUCUGAAAAAUUCUUUACGAUGGUGCAAAAAGAGAGUCAGAGCUUUGAACAUGUAGAAAAACAUUCGAAAGUACUAGGUAAAAACGUACAUGUUUCAGAAGAAGAAAGUGUAGUCGAGAAAAAAGAUAAUAAAAGCGUUGAGCUUGUAGAUAAACAUUUGAAAAUAUCAAUUAAUGACACUGUUUCAGAGGAAAAUUCUAUAGUUGCACCGGAAGAUAUCGAAAGCGUUGAGUUCGCAAGUACAGACUUUAAAGUACUUGAUGAAAACGUAAUAGCUUCAGAGGAGAAAUCUGUAGUGACGAAGGAAGGUAUUCAAAGCGUUAGAAUUGCUAAAAAACACAUCAAUGUACUUAGUGAAGACGUUCUCGCUUCAGAAAAAUCUAGGGAUCAGCACGAGAUCCAAAGCGGUAAACACGCUGGUACAAAUUUGAAGCAAAUUCGUGAAAAUGCACUAACUUCAGAAGACGCAUGUGCAGUGGAGAAAAAUGUUCAAAGCAUUGAUCUUGUAGAUAAGCCUUUAAAAAUACGGAGUGAAGGCGUUCCUGCUUCAGAAGAGUCGGUAGAGGAACAGAACGAGAUUCAAAGCGAUGAACAUAAUUUUAAAGAAGAAUAUUUGGCUUUAGAGAAUCUAUCAAGUUCUAAUGAGUCAAAAGUAGACAAAAGUACAACACAAACCGAAAUCACAAUAGUUUCUAAAGAUUCAGAGUCGUUAACAAUAAGCAAAUUGGAAAAUGAGGGUUUGGAAGAACGCGGAAAAAAUAAACUAAUCUCAAACCAAGAUUUUGAUUUGCCAGAGGCAAAUUUAGAAAAACCAUUAGAAUCUAAAACUUCAAAGAAGCCAAUACGUGAUGAAAAUACCGAAGUUGAAGAAUCAGAAAACUGUGUUUACACUUACGAUGAAAUUGAUGCAGCUCCUACUAGGCAUAGAACUUUCCUCGAAACUGCAAUCAUAUCUAAUGUGUCAAAGGAAGAAAAUGCAGGUAUAGAAAAUAAUGAAGCCGCAAGCCAUGAUAAAAAGGUAGCUAAAAUUAAAAAUUUGAGAAAUUCAGGAGAAAGCCUGAUAUCAAAGCGCAAUGAUCGCUGCAAAAGUGAAGAACCGGUCGCUAGUUCCAGCAAAACUACUCCAAAACCAAUACAAGGGCGACGAUCUAGUGACAGCUUGAUGUAA